GGAGGCUACUCUCAUGGUAAAAUGGCACUUGCAAAAAAGUAAUUUUAGGUUUCCCUCAACUUCAGCAACAUGGACUACGAAUAUAAACAGAAAACUGCACAAGAAAGGAAAAAAGUUGAAGAUUUAUUUGAUUAUGAAGGUUGCAAAGUUGGCAGAGGAACCUACGGAAGUGUUUACAAGGCUAAAAGCAAGGAUAGUUCUGAUGGGAAAGAAUAUGCAUUGAAGCAAAUUGAAGGGACAGGAAUCUCAAUGUCUGCAUGCAGAGAAAUAGCUUUGCUGAGGGAGUUAAAGCAUCCAAAUGUGAUAAGUUUACAGAAAGUAUUCCUAUCUCAUACAGACAGAAAAGUAUGGCUGUUGUUUGACUAUGCAGAACAUGAUCUAUGGCAUAUCAUCAAAUUUCAUAGAUCAGCGAAGGCAACAAAGAAACCUAUCAGUGUGCCAAAGAACAUGGUGAAAUCCUUAUUAUAUCAAAUAUUGGACGGUAUACACUACCUCCAUGCUAACUGGGUGCUACACAGAGAUCUGAAGCCAGCUAACAUCCUGGUGAUGGGUGAGGGACAGGAGCGAGGCAGAGUUAAAAUUGCUGACAUGGGUUUUGCACGGUUAUUCAAUGCUCCGUUGAAGCCUCUUGCUGACCUUGAUCCUGUGGUUGUAACAUUCUGGUACAGAGCUCCAGAACUUUUACUUGGUGCUAGACAUUAUACUAAAGCUAUUGAUAUAUGGGCUAUAGGUUGUAUAUUUGCGGAGUUGUUAACAUCAGAACCUAUAUUUCACUGUCGACAAGAAGACAUUAAAACCAGCAAUCCCUACCAUCACGACCAGCUAGAUAGAAUAUUUAAUGUUAUGGGUUUUCCACAAGAAAAAGAUUGGGAAGAUAUACGGAAAAUGCCAGAACACGGGACAUUAAUGAAAGAUUUUAAAAGAUCUAAUUAUGGUAAUUGUAAUCUUACAAAAUAUAUGGAGAAGCAUAAGAUAAAGCCGGAUAGUAAAGCAUUCCAUUUGCUACAGAAGUUGCUAACAAUGGACCCAACCAAAAGAAUAACCUCAGAACAAGCAAUGAUGGAUCCAUAUUUUCUUGAAGAACCAAAACCUGCUACAGAUGUAUUUGAAACCUACCAAAUUCCAUAUCCAAAACGAGAGUUUCUGGCUGAUGAUGAAGAAGAUAAAGGUGCAUCAGGAGCAGCUAGUAAGCAACAGACCGGCAAUGAUGCUUCUUCCACACAUGGACAGCAACCCCCGGCAAAGCGGGUGAGAACUCUACCCCCGACGUCGUCUACCUCAAGCUCUAUGGUAACUACUGAGUAUCAGGUACAGUAUCACCUCGGUAAAAUCAGACCACUUGUUGUCAUGGUAACACUGUUGUAUAGAGAAGCUUCCAGAUAUGCAAUAUGUGGAAUGUUCCCAAAACAUCUACUGAGUUAAAUACCAUUUAUUUAGAAUGACAAAAUUCUUACCUAUCGUGAUUACCUAUCGUGAUUUUAAGG